AGGGCAUUAGCUGUUGGUUGGUGGCUGGGUUAGUUGGUUGGUUUGGUUGGUUUGGUUGGCUGGUUGAUUGGAUGGUUGGUUGGUUGGUUGGUUGGUUGGUUGGUUGGUUGGUUGGACAGCAAUUGCAUUUAUUCAGUUAGCCACUGAACUUGGAUAUUCAUGAAUUGUUGAAUCUGAACACAGUACAGAAGCUGUUGCUUGGCUGGAAAGAAAUUACAGUUUGAAGACACAGAAAUUAGACUUGGACAUUCAGGAGCUGUUGGACCCUGACAUAUUUGCUUCUAGCCAUAUAAAGGAGGGCCUGAUCAUGGAGCAGGACCCAGAGAGCCGAGACUCUAUCGAGAACUUUACCACUGACUAUAAGAUCAUAAGAACCCUGGGAAGGGGACGAUUUUCAGUGGUAAAAAUGGCCUAUCACGUCCCAACCCUCACCUGUGUAGCUAUAAAAGUUCUCAAGAACACCGAGAAGUGCUCCUCAGUGAUGAGCAGGGAAGUUGACAUUCUAAAGUCCCUGGGCCAUCCUCAUAUCAUCAAGGUGGUCGAAGUGGUCCAGACAAGAGAGGCCACCCACCUGGUCAUGGAGCAUGCCUCUCAGGGAGACCUACUGGACCGAAUCCGGGAAUGUGGAUAUUUAAAAUCGUGGGAGGCCCGAAGAAUGUUUAGACAGAUAUUAGAGGCAGUACAAUUCUGCCAUGACAAUAAUAUUGUCCACCGAGACAUAAAGGCCAACAACAUUUUGAUAGACGGAAGGUGGAAUGCCAAGCUCUGUGAUUUUGGCCUAGCUGCUAAAACACUUCCUGGGCAGAAGCUGAUUGAUUUCUGUGGCACGCUGCCAUACUGUGCGCCAGAAUUCUUUGAAGCUGAGGAAUAUGAGGGCCGCCCAUUUGACGUAUGGAGUGUAGGUGUCCUCCUCUUCUUCAUGGUGACUGGGCACUUGCCUUUCCUAGGCAAGUCAUUUGCAGAGGUGAGGAGACAAAUCAGUUCAGCCAAUUUCAGCAUUCCGCCUCACGUUGCCAACGAUAUUUUCAAUGUUAUAGUGGAAAUGCUGAUGAUAAAUCCCAGCAGGAGGCCCAGCAUCCAGCAAAUUAUGAUGCGCCCCAUGAUCAAAGACAGCCAGGCCUACUCACCACCGACAUCCAUACAGACGUUCACAGGAACACCAAGCCCUAGCACCAUCAAAGCCAUGAGAGUCAUGAGGCAUACACCUGAGAAAAGCACUGAGUCUCUGAUAGACCCAAAUAUCAACGAGGUGCUGGCAACAUACUUGAUUCAACAGCACAAGCCACUCAGGAAAGUCUGCACACACCACCAAGUGGAGCCAGGUCUAGAAGAUCUUCACUCCUUCCCUCGUUUUCUUAAGAGAAAGGGACCUCUUCUCUCCUCCUUCACCUUGUCCUCACAUUCAUCCAAUAUUCGGGAGAAGGAGGAUAGGAAGAAUUCCAGGAAGGUUGUCAGAAGGCAUGCUGUAGGCUACCAGCAAACAAGGACCAACACCGUCCAGCUCGAUCUCCUGGACUGUCCUAUAGCUGAAGAAUUCAGGGAUAACAGGCUGCAAAUCAGGAAGACAUUCUCAGACUCCAAGACUGUGUUGUCUUGUAGUCUAACUGAACAUAUCCAGUCACCUCGACUUCAAUACACCUAUUCCACUACAGCAGACCGGAAUGUGUCCUCCUUCAUACCGCCACAUGAUUUCUGUGCAUCACUGCAGACACGUAAGGGGAUAAGCCUUGCAGGCUGCUCUGGAGAUACCUGGCAGAGAGAGACACUCGUGGACAAAAACACCUUCAUCAAGGAAGAGGCCAUGGUUCAUGAAGAUACCGUCACUAGUGGCCAGCCACAAGUUCCUUGCCCAGCUUCCCGUCGGGGAUGGCGUCACCACUGGAAGGGGUUUAAAAAGACAAUUAGUAGAAGCCUUCGAAACCUGUGCUGCUGUCUGCCACCACCAUCAGAAAAUCAAGUCUCCUGCAAUAACUUGACUCUCAGGAAGAGAGGAGAACAUUGUGUCACCCACAGAACCAGUCCUGAAGAACAGCAGCCUCAGCUCCCUGGCUUUUAAGCCAGUGGUGGGGGUUGGCCUGGCUGAAAAUUAUACAGUCUCAGAGGAGCCAGGCCAGAUGUCCAGGUGCCUGUGUGCUUGCAGGCCCCUUCUCCAGAGGAAGAGCUGUCCACACCACAGCAAGGUCUCUCCAGUCCAGGCAGCCAAGGACUUUUGAUCCUGCUGGACAACGGACUGGACACAAUGAGUGGCCUGAUGAGUGGACCGUUGGACCAUUUGGGACUCACCUGGACUAAAAUCCAUGUAUAACAAAAGGGUCUCCAACAUCCUGCUCCUUCCACUAGGAGGGCAGGUGAAAGGAAGAUGCUCCGAGAUAUAGAUUUCUUGGGGCUUAUUUUUUUUUCUGUGUGUUUUCUUUUGAAGAUUGUAAGGUUUGCCUUUUAUUCCUCUAAUUUGUAUAUAAUUUUGUUCAUACAUAUGUAUUUAUCUAAUAUUUUAAUGUUUUAAUUGAAACAGUGACAUCACCUCCCUCUUUUGUACCUCCUCUCCAAACUCUCCCAGCUAUCCUAUAUCAAACUUUUCUCAUGCCUUCACUCUUAAGUUGAUGGACUUCUUUACGUGAUUAAAUUUGUUAUAUAUUUUUACUUAUCUUGUGUAUCUAGAAAUAAAUAUAAAUAUACCUGCAGAGCC